UGACUCCGACCACAGGCUGUUUUGUGCAGGCUGUCCCUCUCCUUCGAAAUCAAGCAUCCCCUCCCCUAAGCAGCAGGCAGUGUGCCUCCAUUCGGCCACAUUUGGUAUGCAUGAGCACGGCUGCAGGGAGAGGGGAGGUGGCUUUCUUAAGAAGGUUCAGGGGCUCAGGAAACGCCACUUGACUAGACUCCCAAGUUCCAGGAAGCCUCUGCCCUAAUGGAAUUUGCAGGUGUGGAGAUAACCAUGGGGUGCCAGGGCCGUGGGGGGCCGUUUGUUUUCUAGGCAUUGCCCAGAUUUGCAGUCUCUUGUCUUCCCGGUGGAAUUUGGAAGGGGUCAUGAAUCAGACUGAUGCUUCUCGACCCCUAAAUUGGACCAUCCGGAAGCUAUGCCACGCAGCCUUCCUCCCAUCUGUCAGACUUCUCAAGGCUCAGAAAUCCUGGAUUGAAAGGGCAUUUUAUAAAAGAGAAUGUGUUCACAUCAUACCCAGCACCAAAGACCCCCAUAGGUGUUGCUGUGGGCGCCUUAUAGGCCAGCAUGUCGGACUCACUCCCAGUAUCUCUGUGCUUCAGAAUGAGAAAAACGAGAGUCGUCUCUCCCGAAAUGACACCCAGUCUGAGAAGUGGUCCAUCAGCAAACAUACUCAGCUCAGCCCAACAGAUGCUUUUGGGACCAUUGAGUUCCAAGGAGGCGGCCAUUCCAACAAAGCCAUGUAUGUCCGAGUAUCUUUUGAUACGAAACCUGAUCUCUUGCUUCACCUGAUGACCAAGGAAUGGCAACUGGAGCUCCCAAAACUUCUCAUCUCUGUGCAUGGAGGGCUGCAGAACUUUGAACUCCAGCCCAAACUCAAGCAAGUCUUUGGGAAAGGGCUCAUCAAAGCAGCCAUGACAACCGGAGCUUGGAUCUUCACAGGAGGGGUCAACACAGGCGUCAUUCGUCAUGUUGGAGAUGCCUUGAAGGACCAUGCAUCUAAAUCUCGAGGGAAGAUAUGUACCAUAGGUAUCGCCCCCUGGGGAAUUGUGGAAAACCAGGAGGACCUGAUUGGAAGAGAUGUAGUCCGGCCAUACCAGACCAUGUCCAACCCCAUGAGCAAGCUCACCGUUCUCAAUAGCAUGCAUUCCCACUUCAUCUUGGCUGACAAUGGAACCACAGGAAAAUAUGGAGCAGAGGUGAAACUCCGCAGACAACUGGAAAAGCACAUUUCCCUCCAGAAGAUAAACACAAGAUGCCUGCCGUUUUUCUCUCUUGACUCGCGCUUGUUUUAUUCAUUUUGGGGUAGUUGCCAAUUAGACCCAAUUGGGAUCGGCCAAGGGGUUCCAGUGGUGGCACUCAUAGUGGAAGGAGGCCCCAACGUGAUCUCCAUUGUUUUGGAGUACCUUCGUGACACCCCUCCUGUACCAGUCGUGGUCUGUGAUGGGAGUGGACGGGCAUCCGACAUCCUGGCAUUUGGGCACAAAUACUCAGAAGAAGGCGGGCUUAUCAAUGAAUCUUUGAGGGACCAGCUCUUGGUGACAAUACAGAAGACCUUCACAUACACUCGCACCCAAGCUCAGCACCUGUUCAUCAUCCUCAUGGAAUGCAUGAAGAAGAAGGAACUGAUCACAGUAUUUCGAAUGGGAUCAGAAGGCCACCAGGACAUUGAUUUAGCUAUCCUGACAGCAUUACUCAAAGGAGCCAAUGCAUCAGCCCCAGACCAACUGAGCUUAGCUUUAGCCUGGAACAGAGUUGACAUCGCUCGCAGCCAGAUCUUUAUUUACGGGCAACAGUGGCCGGUAGGGUCCCUGGAGCAAGCCAUGCUGGAUGCCCUGGUUCUGGACAGAGUGGAUUUUGUGAAAUUGCUCAUAGAGAAUGGAGUAAGCAUGCAUCGUUUUCUCACCAUCUCCAGACUAGAGGAACUGUACAACACGAGACAUGGGCCCUCAAAUACAUUGUACCACUUGGUCAGGGAUGUCAAAAAGCGAGAGUAUCCAGGUUUCGGUUGGAUCUAUUUUAAGGGAAACCUGCCCCCGGACUACAGAAUCAGUCUCAUAGACAUUGGCCUGGUGAUUGAGUACCUGAUGGGAGGGGCUUACCGCUGCAACUACACGCGCAAGCGCUUCCGGACCCUGUACCACAAUCUGUUUGGCCCCAAAAGGCCCAAAGCCUUGAAACUGCUGGGAAUGGAGGAUGACAUUCCCUUGAGGAGAGGAAGAAAGACAACCAAGAAGCGUGAAGAAGAGGUAGACAUUGACCUGGAUGACCCUGAGAUCAACCACUUCCCAUUCCCCUUCCAUGAGCUGAUGGUGUGGGCUGUCCUCAUGAAGAGGCAGAAGAUGGCCCUGUUCUUCUGGCAGCAUGGAGAGGAGGCCAUGGCCAAGGCCUUGGUGGCCUGCAAGCUCUGCAAAGCCAUGGCUCAUGAGGCCUCUGAGAAUGACAUGGUUGAUGACAUUUCCCAGGAGCUGAACCACAACUCCAGGGACUUUGGCCAGCUGGCUGUGGAACUCUUGGACCAAUCCUACAAACAAGAUGAGCAGCUGGCUAUGAAACUGCUAACAUAUGAGUUGAAGAACUGGAGCAAUGCCACAUGCCUGCAGCUGGCUGUGGCUGCCAAGCACCGUGACUUCAUUGCACAUACGUGCAGCCAAAUGUUACUUACCGAUAUGUGGAUGGGCAGGCUCCGCAUGCGCAAGAACUCAGGCCUCAAGGUAAUUCUGGGAAUUCUACUUCCUCCUUCAAUUCUCAGCUUGGAGUUCAAGAACAAAGACGACAUGCCCUAUAUGACUCAGGCCCAAGAAAUUCAUCUCCAAGAGAAGGAGCCAGAGGAGCCAGAGAAGACCACAAAGGAAAAAGAUGAAGAGGACAUGGAGCUAACAGCGAUGUUGGGGCGAAACAACGGGGAGUCAUCCAGAAAGAAGGAUGAAGAAGAAGUCCAAAGCAGGCAUCGGCUAAUCCCUGUGGGCAGAAAAAUCUACGAGUUCUACAAUGCACCCAUUGUGAAGUUCUGGUUCUACACCCUGGCAUAUAUCGGAUAUCUGAUGCUCUUCAAUUACAUCGUGUUAGUGAAGAUGGAGCGCUGGCCUUCCACUCAGGAAUGGAUCGUCAUCUCCUACAUUUUCACUCUGGGAAUAGAGAAGAUGCGAGAGAUCCUGAUGUCAGAGCCCGGCAAGCUGCUGCAGAAAGUGAAGGUGUGGCUGCAGGAAUACUGGAAUGUCACAGACCUCAUCGCCAUACUUCUCUUCUCAGUGGGCAUGAUCCUUCGUCUUCAAGACCAGCCCUUCAGGAGUGAUGGGAGGGUCAUCUAUUGUGUGAACAUCAUUUAUUGGUACAUCCGUUUACUAGACAUCUUCGGCGUGAACAAGUAUCUGGGCCCAUAUGUAAUGAUGAUUGGGAAAAUGAUGAUAGAUAUGAUGUACUUUGUCAUCAUUAUGCUGGUGGUACUGAUGAGCUUUGGGGUCGCCAGGCAAGCCAUCCUCUUUCCCAAUGAGGAGCCAUCUUGGAAACUGGCCAAGAAUAUCUUCUACAUGCCAUACUGGAUGAUUUAUGGGGAAGUGUUUGCAGACCAGAUAGACCGUAAGCAAGUUUAUGAUUCUCAUACACCAAAGUCAGCUCCCUGUGGACAGAAUGAGACCCGAGAAGAUGGCAAGACAAUCCAGCUGCCCCCAUGCAAGACAGGAGCAUGGAUUGUACCAGCCAUCAUGGCCUGCUACCUCUUGGUGGCGAACAUCCUUCUGGUCAACCUCCUUAUUGCUGUCUUCAACAAUACAUUUUUUGAGGUAAAGUCCAUAUCCAACCAAGUAUGGAAAUUUCAGAGGUACCAACUCAUCAUGACUUUCCACGAGAGGCCAGUUCUGCCCCCACCACUCAUCAUCUUCAGCCACAUGACCAUGAUAUUCCAACAUGUGUGUUGCCGGUGGAGGAAGCAUGAGAGUGACCCAGAUGAAAGAGACUACGGCCUGAAACUCUUCAUAACGGAUGAUGAGCUCAAGAAAGUACACGAUUUUGAAGAGCAGUGCAUAGAGGAGUAUUUCAGAGAGAAGGAUGAUCGCUUCAACUCAUCCAAUGAUGAGAGGAUACGAGUGACAUCAGAAAGGGUGGAGAACAUGUCCAUGAGGCUGGAGGAAGUUAAUGAGAGAGAACACUCUAUGAAGGCUUCACUCCAGACUGUGGACAUCCGGCUGGCACAGCUGGAGGACCUAAUCGGGCGCAUGGCCACAGCCCUGGAGCGCCUAACGGGUCUGGAGCGGGCAGAAUCCAACAAGAUCCGCUCAAGGACCUCCUCAGACUGCACAGAUGCAGCCUACAUCGUCCGCCAGAGCAGCUUCAACAGCCAGGAGGGGAACACCUUCAAACUGCAAGAGAGUAUAGACCCUGCAGGUGAGGAGACCAUGUCCCCAACUUCUCCAACCUUAAUGCCCCGUAUGCGAAGUCAUUCUUUCUAUUCAGUCAAUGUGAAAGACAAAGGUGGUAUAGAAAAAUUGGAAAGCAUUUUCAAAGAAAGGUCCCUGAGCUUACACCGAGCUACUAGCUCCCACUCAGUAGCAAAAGAACCCAAAGCUCCUGCAGCCCCUGCAAAUACGUUGGCCAUUGUUCCUGACUCCAGAAGACCAUCAUCAUGCAUAGACAUCUAUGUCUCUGCCAUGGAUGAGCUCCACUGUGAUAUAGAUCCUCUGGAUAAUUCCAUGAACAUCCUUGGGCUGGGCGAGCCAAGCUUUUCAGCUCUUGCACCAUCCACAGCCCCUUCAAGUAGUGCCUAUGCAACCCUUGCACCUACAGACCGACCUCCAAGCAGGAGCAUUGAUUUUGAAGACCUCACCUCCAUGGACACUAGAUCUUUUUCUUCAGACUAUACCCACCUCCCAGAAUGCCAAAAUCCCUGGGACACAGACCCUCCAAUGUACCAAACCAUCGAGCGUUCCAAGAGUAGCCGCUACCUAGCAACCACACCUUUUCUUCUGGAAGAGGCCCCCAUUGUAAAAUCCCAUAGCUUUAUGUUUUCUCCUUCAAGGAGUUACUAUGCCAACUUUGGGGUGCCGGUGAAAACAGCAGAAUAUACAAGUAUUACAGACUGUAUCGACACAAGAUGUGUCAAUGCCCCUCAAGCAAUUGCUGACAGAGCCACCUUCCCUGGAGGUCUCGGAGACAAAGUAGAGGACUUAUCUUGUUGCCACCCAGAGCGAGAAGCAGAGCUGAGCCAUCCUAGCUCUGACAGUGAGGAAAAUGAGGCCAGAGGCCGGAGAGCUGCCAAUCCAAUCUCCUCUCAGGAGACUGAAAAUGCAGACAGAACCCUAUCCAACAACAUCACAGUUCCCAAGAUAGAGCGCGCCAACAGCUACUCGGCAGAGGAGCCAAGCGGGCCAUAUGCACAUACCAGGAAGAGCUUCUCCAUCAGUGACAAGCUUGAUAGACAGAGGAACACCUCAAGCCUACGAAAUCCCUUCCAGAGAAGUAAGUCCUCCAAGCCGGAGGGCCGAGGGGAUAGCCUGUCCAUGAGGAGACUGUCUAGAACAUCGGCUUUUCACAGCUUUGAAAGCAAGCACAACUAAACCUUCACCAUGUGUUGCAGGAGGCUCAAGAAUCCAGCACUAAAAUUCUCCCCAUGUCUACCUUGUUCCCCAUGCUUGAGUUAUACCUGCUUUACUCUUAGCUGAGCAAAAACAAUGCCUUGGGAGAUGUUAACUCAAAGGUAACCUCGGGCCACAGGUCAAGCAAGCUUUCCAUCUGGCCCAGUGCCAAAUGUAGGGUUUUAAGGCAUGUUCACACUUGUUGGGAAGGGAGGGAACAGAAAGGGGUUAGAGAUGAAAGUGUGUCACCAGGCACCACAGUAGGUCAUGAGCUCUGGGGAACAAAUGGGCUCAAGCAUUCUCCAUGCCAGCAGGCAUCUUGGGAACUUCUGCCCUGUUAUCAAGAGGUGAGGAGACAGGGCUAAAUUGCAAACUGAGAUAAAGUAGCCAGCAUACGAGAUGAGAUAUUCUAAACUUCAAUUCUGUUUUCUUUUCACAUUGGUUCCAUCACUGGUGACUGAUGAAGAGCAUCCUUUUUAUUCAGUGUAAGCCGGCAGCAAGCAGUUCUACCUAACGUCCCACAUCCUUCUCAUGCCAACACUUCUGUAAUUGGUCAUUAUAAAGAAAAACAAGGUAACAGUCAUAUAUACAGUUCACCUGUCUCUUAUAUACUCACUUCUGGUGCCACAACUGUUUUUCUCUUUAGAAGAAACUAAGGGAACAGAAAUGCCUUUUAUUUUUUCUUUUUGUCUUGCAAUCAAAAUGAAAGAAGAAUUAAUGUUGAAAGCAAAAGUCAUAUGAUUUAUAAUAUACCAUGGGCAAUCAAGUAUAUAGUCAAGCAAGCUCAGGAUGAAUGUAAUUAGAUAAUUUUAUAUUUUUAAGUUACUUUGUAUCUCACCUGUCAUCAGUGAAUUCACUAUCAAAUAUGUAAUAAUGAACUUUAAAAAAAAUGGUGGGAAGAACUAACAUUAAAUUGCCAAGUGGGAUGUUGUUAGAGUCUCACCAUUCACCGUGUGUGACGCUGCUGUGUGGCUGUCAUCAUGUGCAUGUCUCCACUAUGUCCUCCGAACACCUCCAAGAUGUAACUGCCAAAUUUCCACACCACUCAUCACGUGACCAUUUUGUAUUUGAACACAUGGUUAUUUGUGGAUAUUUUCAUACAUAGAAUUUAGCCAUCUAACCUUGGGCUCAGCAUAAAUUUAAUCGGAGUUUUUCAAGGGCUGGUAUCUUUUUUACGGAAAUGUUCCAAAGUGCUUCUGUUUUGCUUUGCUUUGUUCUUGAGACAGGGUUUCUCUGUGUAACAGUUCUGGCUGUCCUGAAACUUACGUUGUAGACCAGGCUGGCCUUGAACUCACAGAGAUCUGCCUGCCUCUGCCUCUGCCUCCCUAGUGCUGGGCUUAAAGGCUUAUGCCACCACCACCCAGCUCCAAAGUACUUUUUAAGGAAGUUUAAAAACCAUAGACUUGACUAGGGGCUUGACAUCAACCCAAAGCCAUCAUUAGCUGCAGGCAGACCAUGACUAGUUUCUUAUUUACAGAGCUCUAUAAAAGAUACAGUAAGCCAAAAUAGAAAGCAAGUAUACCAUAUACAGUUUUAUAGUUUAUACUGCCUAUAUAUACAUCCACAUACACAGACACAUGUUUAUAUAGAGUAAUAGACACAGAGAUUUCUUAAGUGGCCUUGACUCCCUGUCAUCUGGAGGUAUAACCAAGAUUAUUUUUUAAUAUCCAAGGAGUUUUGGUGGGGAAAAAAGUUCAUUGUGCUAUUGGAUCCACUGUUGAAAUUAUACUUUCCAGAAAAUCUCUGUCUCUUUAAUCAUUCCUUACACUGAACAAGAACUGUCAAAAUGGCUCAUCCCUGCCCUCUGCCUCCUCUUGUUUGGAAACAUCUAAUGUCGUGACAUCUCUUUCACUCUGGUUUCUCUGACACAAAGCUAUUACCACAGAAUACAAUCUGAAUAGAUGUGUGAUUGUAAGCCAGUUUGUAUUACACAGUCUAGAAUGGAGGCAUAAAUUUCUAGAUUAGAAUCCAGAUUUGAAGUGGGAUGAAGAAAUUUUGACCACAAAACUUUGGAUUCCUAUUUGGAUCAUUGAACAUUUUAAGAUAAAGUCUUUAAGAAAAAUUAUUUGGAGCCAGACAUAGUGGUGAUGUACACCUGUGACCCAACACUUGGAGAGAAGAGGCAGAAGGAUGAGAAGGAAUUCAGAGUCAGCCUCUGCUACAUACCACAUCCAAGGCCAUGAUACCCUGUCACAAAAAAAGGAAAGAAAGAAAAGAAAACAUUGUAAAAGGAAAAACAUUUUGAACUAGAAAUUGGACUCAGUGGCCCAGCACUCAUCUAGCAUACUCAAGGCCCUGUGUUCCAUCCCCAGGAGGAGGAGGAGGAGGAAGAAAGGGAAAGAGAAAACAGAAAACGAUUGCAUGCCCCCCCUGACCCCAGAUGCCCCCUGGUUCUUUUAUCUGUAGCUGGAAACACCAAGGUGUAUCUCAUUUGGCAAAAUAAGUCAAUCCCUCACAAAAUCUCUAUGCUUUAUUUUUUUUAAGAAACAAGCUUUUCAGAUGGAAAAAAAAGUGGCAAGCUCACAUAUGUGAAGAAUCCUUUCUCAUCCUUGGAAUUUAGGUAAUGCCCAACCUCUUCACUGAUAACUGCACUAGAGACAUUUCCUAAUUGGUGAUCUCCCUCCCAGCAGCCAUGUGUUGGACCUAAAAGUAAAUCAUUUGACUCUAAGCUUCCUUGAACCAUGAAUCCCUGUAAACCUCAUAGAAACUCUGAGCUCUCUACUUCCCCCCACCACACACACACCCCAAAUUUACAUCCAUGUUAAGGCACAAGGUGACUUUAAGGGGUUCAUGACUCCCCUGGUUCCACAGUGAGUGAUGAUGAGGAUAGAGACCUUGUUCAUCAUCCGUCAAGCUGGACUAGGCACCAUACACCUGUAGACCACUUCCCUGUGAUUUUCUGGAAGGCCAAGUCUCAGCACUUCUGUUCCUUAGAGUAGAUAUGGUUAGCUGGAUAUCGUUGCGCCCUAACAUUUUCAUGACUGAGUAGGAAGCAUCCUCAGAGGUAAAGACUCUGAGGGAAUCCAUAGAGGAGCCCAAGGAAAUGAAGUCAUCAUCUGAGACCAUAGAGCAGGGUACCAAGCACCAUGGGGCCUGGCUUGGGACCUCAUCCAAAGCAAGGGAGAGAAAGAAAGAACAAGCCUGAGUAUUUCUGUUUGUUGUGAUCACCUGAGAGAAAGAAUGUGACCUGGGGAAGGAAACACUUAACAGUCCAGUCCUGAGCUUUCUUUCUCCAUGAAAAUUAAGUGCUAACAUCCUUGGUGAAGUGUGCGAAAUCUCUAAGCCAAAUGUAAACGACUUCAGACACUUCAGACACAAACUGUGUAGGCCUCAUAAGCCAUCUCUUCCCUGUGCACAUGUGUGUGUGUUAUUCUCAGUCCCAUCUUCUUUCAUUUCUGGGGUCUCUGCACACCAGUGUGGCAUUGAUUCUGUGGCCUUGUACAGACAGCUUGUGUUCAUUUGUUCUACCAUGUCCCUGACAGAGGAAACCUUAAUUCCCCACUUUGUGAACUACGCAGCUCAUGAGCAGCCAAUCAUUGAGGACCAUACAUAAAUAAUGUCAUAGAGGACUCAAGAAAGAGAUAGCUUAUUUAAUCGUCUGCUUCAUAGGUGCCAAUUUUUAUAUGCUGCGAUGUGUAAUGAUUUGUCCUAAAUUGCUUGCUUGUUCCUUUGGGGAAAGAAAUGAAGGAUGUUUUUAUAAAAAUGGCCAUAUUUUAUAUUUACGAUUAGAAACUGAUAGGUUCGAAUGGAGCGCUAGAAAGCAAGAGGAUAAUUGUCAUGGCCAGUUUGUGUUUCUGCAAGCCAAAAGGAGGACAGUCAGAGUGCGGCACUUUAUAGAACUGGGUGUUUCUUUAAAGUUGAAGCUUCCAGGCCAGUUAUUAUUUAGCACUUUGAAAGUUUCCCCUUUAAAAAAAAUAUAUAUACAUACACAUAUAUAUACAUAUACCAGAAUAAUGAAAUGGGAGGGGGGUGUACUUGUGAAAACACAAAAUGUGUUUCUUCUGAAUGUUACAAAUGUACUUUAAAAUCUGGUUUCUAUAGAUAACAUUAUGGUAGAUCACUGGAUAGCACAUUUCUUUCUCCUUUCUGCAGCUGUACAGUCUAAUCUUCCUGGAUAUUUGGGCUGUUUGAUUUCUUUAAAGAUAAUAUUAUCCAGUUAUCCAUCAUGCUAUAUCUAUAGGCUAUGCCAUGUGACAUGUUCGGCAAUGCUGUAUUAUAAAACACAUGUAAACCUAUCUGUAACCUGUGUUUAACCCAGCAUAGUUGUAGCAUGUGGUUGUAUUAAUGAACGCUACAGGACAGCUUUAUAAUCAUUUAUGAAUCUGUAACAUUCAAUAAAGAAGCACAUAUGGCAAGGAUUAAUUACGCUCCCAUUUCCAUGUUAUUUAGCAGCUCCGGUAAUGGGCAUUUUCGUUCUGGUCUUCAUUACUUUGUUCCCAUGCCUCAGACUACUGUAAAAUAUUUGUAUAAGCUGGUGUGCAUCUUCUACCAGGUCCCACUAGCUGUGAGAGGUAGAGUAUGGUUCUGUGAUGGACAAGCUGGCAUGUUAUGCAAAACACUAUCUAACAAAGAACUUAAAUAUUUUAAAGUCCAGUUGAAUUAGCUGUUUAUGUCUGCUGACCCCAUGUGGAAGCAGUGUACAGUAUUUUAUAAAUAUGUUCAUUCAGUAACGCUGUCUGUUCUAGAUAAAAACGAUGCUUAUGUUUAGGUGGCUGUAUACUUGGCCUAGAUAUUGCAUUCACCUCACUAAUCUUUACAGUAAUAAUGUGACUUGACUGAGUAAUCCCUCUCCGAACCCAGUUUUAAUUUUGUGUCGGCACAAUGCACGCUGUGCUGUAUGAGUUUCUUUUGACUCUUUUUAAUGCACUUACAUUUUACUCUUGUCUGCUGUAACACUGAAGCCAGUUAGGGACCCACUCAGAUUGUUGGACUUCUUAAACUGGGGCUCCUUUCAGUUUUCAAAAAUGAAAAAAAAACAAGUAAUCAAGGGUUUCUUUUUUUCAAUUUUGUAAAGCUCUGAACAAAUAAUAUGAAAUAAAGUGUCAACCGCAAGUUGCAAUAGCUAGGGGACCCAAAGAAGCAAGCCAGCACCACUCUGGAGUCCCAAGGUCUAAGUGUGGGGGCAUCUGUGAUAUAUGAAAGACACAUCUUGGAUUCUUUAGGGCUUCCUGGGUGCAAAUUGCUAAACCAGAGAUGAAAACCAAAGGUCCAUGGUGGCAAGACAGAAAUGCACAGACGGCUAUGAGUGAAUGGUCCCGCGGUAAUGGAUGAGACCUCUCCCUUCUUGUCCUGUGGCUUUCACAGCCUGUGGGUGAGCUGGGCCCAAAGGUGGGAAUGGGGUGAUUGUUUGAUGAAACAACAGGUGACUCCAAAUAGUUUAUUCUUUAAAGAAGCCACUGUUGCAUUGUUAUAAGCCAUUCAACGUCUGGAAAGGGAUGGAUCCAACUUGCACAGUCUAAAUGCUUCCAAGAUGAGCUUGGAAACCUUUCUCUCCACCAGCUCUGCCCUGUGUUGUCUCUUGUGUCUAUGAGUCAAGCAUCCUGUCCCUCAGAUUAUAGUCAAUAAAAGAGAGGGUGGCUCUGAUAAAAGAAGAACAACUUUUUCUUUUCUUUUUCAAAUUCUUUUCUGAGUGUAAGUGUCACCUUUGCUCUCGUGACCUCUUUGCACUGAUUUCCCCUAGUAAAAAUCAAGAUGUGCUGAUUUCCGUGCAUCAUCUACGAGGGGGAGUGGGUGACCAGAUCAUCCAGAUUAAUCAAAAGAGGUGUGUACCUUUCCUGGAAUAACUGGUCACCUUCUGCUGGCAGCACAUGACCCCCACAUGAAACAUGAAAGGUUGGACGUCUGUACAGAUGUCCAUAGACUCUGAGGGGCAUCAGUACUAGUCAUGACUCCAGCACCUAGGGCAGCAGAUCGCUGAAGAAUGUGAGGGACAGGGUGAGAUCAGCCUUGCGCCUGGUGGCACAGCUUUUUUCGUUUUUCGUUUUGAUCCCUUUACUUUUUUUUUCCCUUAGUCUAAAAUUAGCUCCCCUUUUCUCCCCAUGUGUGUGAGACCACCAGACUCAUCCAUUACCUCAUAUCCCUUUGGACCCCAAAACAGUAACCCCAAACAUCAACUACAUGGAAAAAGCCAGAUGUUCUGAAUUUGACCCAGGUCUGAUCUUCCAGCUGACUUUACCUCCUCCCUCCAACCAAGUUCCUAGCAUGGCUGCUGUGGCACCUGUCACAGCUGAUUCUGAACUGCCUGUCUGAAUCCUGAAAGGCAUCCUACAUCUUCACGCAGUCGCCUGCCUCUCCACAAAGGGGUUACAAACUCAAUCCAAGACCCGGAUCUAGAAUGCAAAGGAAUGGGUCUAGGCAAGACGAGGCCAGCAGAAUUUGUUGAGCAUGAAAACAUAUGCAUCCCACAGAAAGACUAAAGAUUGGGAUUUUCAACCCCUGUGCUAGCCACAUACGUGUCUGCCAGCAGUAUUUCGGUGACCAUGUUUGGGGUCUCUAAUGUGGGGUCAAGCAGGAUCUGAUUCAUGAUUUUGGAACACAUCAAAUACACGCGAGAACUUCGAGUUGGGAGAAGCAGCUCACCCUAUUUGGCGUGACUCCUGGAUGACUUUCAUGUGUGUUGAUUAGCAUGUUUUACUAUAUCCAAACACAGGAUCAGUGUGAGGGAGGCUGAGAAAGGAUGCUGUAGCAUGUGAAGACUUGCUUCCUGUCACUGGGGCAUCUGCCCUGAGUUUAUAUUGCUGCUACCGCUGUGUAAGACAGUCCGUGUAGUCAGUGCACUAUACUCAUAGCCAUUUCAUAAUCUAGCACUUAGACUGUCACUUGUAAAUGCUCUAACCAUAGUUUAUAAUGGGGAAAAUUAUUCAGAUACCAUUUUUAAAUGAAUUCCUAUAAAUACAAUGAUUUUGAAAUUGGGUUUACUAAAUAUACAUACAUCUUUUCCUUCUUUCAUGUAUGAUACAAAGAGGUUUGCAUAUCUACUGAUACUAUGAAUAUAUAUAAAUAUAUAUAAAUCUAGAGGCAUUGUUCUUUUUUAACAGUCUGUUACUGAAUUCACAAUGCACUUUGAGCUUGUCUGUUUAGAUAUGUAAUUUGAAGCAGAAGUUGGCAAAUACUACAGGCAAAGAACUUUCUGGAAUUUCUGUAACAAAUGUUUUCAAUAAAAAAAUACAAAUAGUUUAAAAUAUGA